CUUACACACUCGUAUCUUUCUCUCUCUCUCCCCCUCUCUCUGUUUCUCCCUCCAAACACCACUCUGUCCCACACCGUGUAUCUUUCCAUCCUUACUCGCGUUUGUUAAUACUAAACAACUAUUAGGACUGAACAUAGUCUUUUUCGAGGGACGACUUUUGGUGCUUAUUCUUGCUCUCACUAAUUCUACACUUCUGUCAUUCAUUCAUUUUUUUUCCUCGCCUCACACUCUUCCUCUGUCAACUACUGUCUCGAGCCGUCCACGCGGACACUUGAGAGUGCGAUACGAAUUCUGGAGCACGUGACAAUAUCUGGAACUUCAUUUAUUUAUUCAUUUUUACUCUUUAUUUAUUUAUUUAUUUAUUUAUUUAUUUUCCUGCUAAUUUAUUUGCAACUUAUAUACUUAGAAAGGACCUGGACAAAUAUGAAAUUGCUGGGUGACUCCUCAUCGCUGCUCCUCUCGUUGCUGCUGGGUCAGCUGCAUCUGUUCACGUCGGCUUUUCCUGCCCACCACCGGCACCGUUUCCAUGACUUUGACAAGCUGACCAAUCAAACCAGACACCUCCUCAAGUUGACCCAAGAUCUUCUGAAAGACCCAGUGUUUGGCACAGAGGUUGAUCACCACAGAUUCAAGUCUCUUCCAGCGAUCAGCAGCAGAGUCAGUGACCUCAACUCUUUGGAGUUCAAGCCUACUCUUUCUCAGCUCCAUGCAGACCUCAAGUCCUUUGAGCACCAUUUUGAGUGGCUGAACAGAGUGACACGCAAACAGCAGCACAACUCCGUACCAAAGUUGACAGACAUGAUCUCCUACACAAAGAGCCUAAUAAACUCCUUACAGCGUCAGAUGACACGAGCAGAAGCUCCCCGGAUACCUGUCCCCUCUCCAUCACUCCCACCUAAUCCUGCCUUUCACUGGGAGGUGGUGCAAUCCUCUCAAGAACUUCUGCAGCAGUUCAGGCUCUUCUGUGAUUGGGCCUCUAGAGUGUUCCUUACCCUUAAAUCUAGAUUACCAGCAUGAGGACUCUCAACGGUCAGGACUCAAUAGGUGCUUUAACACAUACAGCCUUUUUCGUAAAUGUAAUGGCAUUUUUCCCAUUUAAUGGCCAUGGUUAUGUGUGAACAGCACCCGCUCCAGCAAUUUGCCAGUUUGAGCCAGUCACAAAGUUCUGAACGAGCUUAUGCAGUUACACCUUGCAUUUAGUUUUAAGCCUGUGAUGUUAAAAAUAAAUGUCAUUAAAUUGGACAGUGAAACAAAUGAGCUGCUCUCAAUCUGAGCAGAGCAUUUCCUGCUAAUUACAUCCCAGAGUUUAAACGGUAUACUGGUUUGUUUAUGGCAGCAACACAGAUAAAAGAUGGAAAGCCGUAGAAGGUGUGAAUAGCAGAUAUGGUACAUUUACCGGAAAAGGUAAUGUGGCAGUUUUACUGCAAUUUAAUGGGUUUCAUGUGUGAAAGUGGCUAAUGACACACUCAACCAAAAAGGCAACAGCCUGUAGUCUAUGUAUUAAUUAUGAAACUAUUUCUGCUACUGUUACUAGCCCACUUACAUAUUGCACCAGUGGUACAAAUGUAAAGACUAAAGUCUGCCUGGAUGGUGAGAUCUUUGCCACAUUCUGAAGCCUGAUCGGUAAAGGAGUCCGAUCAGAAACUCACAGUUCAACUUAUCUGCUCUCCAGUCGAAAUUCUGCUUCUGGCACUCCAUUUAACCUUAAAUCUUUCUUUGCCUUCUCCUUUUUAGUACAAUUAAUUUUUCAGAACUAUGUGUUAUUUAUGUAUUUAUUUAUUUAUUGAUUUGUUAUUUAUUUGAUAAUUUUAUUUAUUUGAUUCCUUGAGAAACAUGUCAACAACAUCAUGUCAGCAUAAAAUAUACUCUUUCUUCCUUUAAUACCUGUAUCAAAAAGAAACCAUGUGUCAAUGUCAACAUCAUUCAUGUCUCUUAUCAAAAUGAUUGUAUUUCCUCUUGUCUUAAAUUCAUCUUCACUGUUACCUAGGUUACAGUACUUUGCCUCUAUGCAAAAAAAUGUUUGGUAGUGUAAUGUAUGUCAGUGUUGAAUGAGAGAGUACUAGCAUUGGCCUAAGCUUUGCUUGUCUUUCUUUUUUGAGGUUGUUGUCUUUAUUUGCACAACAUAUUGGGGUUUAUAUUUAUGAAUCAAUCAUGGGAUUCAGGGACAUGUUAAACCUCAGUUUUAAGCAACAUCAUUGAGAAAAAGACAACCCAAGCCUUGAAAUACUAUGUAUUGCGAUACUUUGGUACUGUACAGCUUGUUCACGAAUGUAAACUGAUGUAUUCAAUGCAAUUAAUAUAAUAUAGUUUUCAUAAUAUAAGGUCCAGUGCUCUUUUAGUAUGUUGCAAUAUUAACAAUAUUUUUCCUUUCCCUCCUUUUUUAUUAUUAUUAUUAAAAAAAAAAAAUACGAUUUUGAUACAGUAUUUGCUAUUUAUUGAUAUUAUAAGUGAUUAUAUUACAUAGUUGUUAUUAUUUUCAAAUGAUUGUUUUAUGCUGAUGGAAAGCAAGACUUCUGUCAUGUUUUGUACUUUUAUACUACUACUUAUCAAUUAGCAUCGAUGUUUGGGUCCGUUUCUGUGUCUACACCGAAAGUUGCUACUCAUAUGUGCACUAAAACACGCAGAAACUGACUUAUUUCAGUGGGGUGCCUUGUGAGACAA